UUUAUUUUUUAUUACCAUCGAUAAGGGUUUGUACACAUAGCGUUAAUUUAAUCGCCCUACAAUUUUCGUGUCACCUCGUGGGCUAAAAUGCAAAUAUAAAAGCAAAGACCUAUUUCUUAAUACGUGAAACAAACGUUACUAUGACUACGCUAUCGACCGACAGGCAACUUUUCCGAGGCUUUCCUUUGAAAUCUAUGGCACUCGCGUGACGCCCGCCGGCUGAAACAAGCGCUGAAAGUCUGAAGAUUUAACGAUAAGUCUCUAGUGUGCUCCGCGGGGCAAUUUUACUGUUAUGAACAUUUAUCAUAUUUUAAGUACAGUUAAUCUAAUACAAAUGCUAUUUUAUGUUCGCUUGUCGUGGGAUUUCAUGGGGUCCAGCACCCGCGAACAAUGAGAGCACGCGCUAAGCCAACCGCAACGGUCGGCUGGCAACGACGCAGCGGUGGCCACGCGCGAGCCGAUUUUAAAAGCACUCAUUAGCCGGUGCAACGUAACUGUGAUAUAGCUGGCAUGAACGCAACUGGUGUGCAAUACGGAGCAUUAGAAAGUGUAAUGUGCGCGGUGCGAUGUUGUCCGUGAGUAAGCCGGCCUCGCUGGUCCAACAGAAGAAGCAGCAGUGGGCGCGGGAGAGAGAGGAAAUGUCUCACCUUUAUCUGCCAUGGGGCACUGGUGAGCGAUACACGAAUCGCUUGCAAGUUCGCAAUCAGUUUGCUAGUUCACUUGAACUUCACAAAGAGUCCUCGUAUAACUACCAGGAACCAACGCAGCGCCAAAGAAGUCCUAGCUUACCACCAAUACAUCACGUCGAAGUAGACAGAAGUAAAGAGGACAAGAAAACAAAAGAGGUCAUAAAUCGUAAUAUUCCCAGCGCCAAGCGGUUCGCGUUCUACGACGAAGAUGGCGAAGGAGACACUUCUGGCUAUGGCAGUGAGACAAUCAACCAUGUUAGAAAUGGCUUUCAUGACGUUAAAAUCAGUCAAAGUCCAGUUAUGGCGUGGCAACAAGAAGAUACAGAUAAAAGAAACAUAAGUGGUCGUACACUAUCGGAUAGUUGGUCAGCUCGAAGCCCGCGGAGUGCCACGGGCGAAGAAGGCAGGCCUCGAUGGGGUGAUAGGGGAGUUGCUACUGGGCGUUUAUGGGAACCUACAGCUCCUAAUGCUAGAUUACCACAGAUGCCAAAUCUGAAAAAGGGAACUCCUACGUGGGUGGAGCGCGGGCUUAACAUGAUAGAAAAUACAGCGGAUGUUCUAGUCAUUGACCAAAGAAGUUCAACCAACUCUGGCUUCGACUGCGACAGGUCGUCUUGUAUCGGAAGUGAUGAAGGAAGAACUUUUCUUAGGGGACAGAAUGUUCCUUUGGAACCAGAAAUUAGAGCCCAAAGAGAAAACAAACGCCUGAAAGCGUUAGAGUUACAGUCCGCCAUAUUAAGUCAACUGGAAGAGCAAGAGAAACGCCGCCAUGAAGAAAGAGAGAAGAAACAGAGAGAAGAGAGACUGGAAGAAAUACGUAUGCAAAGGCAACAGGAGGAAGAUAAACAAAGACUUGAGGAAGAAAAAAGGAGAAAUCAAGAAAAGCAGCUUCAAGAACAAAGAAAAUUGGAGACUCUUAAAAAAGCUCUUGAAGAAGCUGAAAAAAAGGCAAAACUAGAGAAAGAGAAGAGAUUUUCCACUCUUAAACAAAACAUUAAUACAAGUGUUUCAAGUGAACCCAAGUCAAAGGUUGAUGAAUGUGUUACAACUGAAAAUACUAUUCCUUCUGAAGCAACCAGUCCAACAAAGUCUAACAGGACCUAUGACGUACACUCGGCCAAAAGUGAGAAGAAAGACACAAGUAUGCCAACUACAGAGUUCAAUACGCCACGGGCAGCGGCGGCAGGGCCAGGAAAUUUGAAUUUAUAUAUUCAUAGUGUACCUCCUAUAGCGCUUACCGACAACCAAUUUAACAUUGUACCGCUUGGUAUUAACGGCAAUGGCGAAAUAGUGAAUACUCAACCCAAUAGCGUGCAAUUGGCAGUUUUAGUCCCACAAAAUCUGAGCAACAGUUUAUACAAUGUAUCCCUAAAUUCUUUAACUAACAUUAGCGAUUUUUCGGAUACUUCUAAAAUACUGACCCCUAGAAAAUAUCGAAUAACCAAAACUAAAGAUGCAACUACACAGACUGAUUUUGAUAUAAGUAAACUUACUACAAAUAAAAUUAUUGAAACUGAAGACUUACCAAGAAAUAAUCAUAGAGAUUACUCCAAUAUUGAUGAAAAUGCACCACAAGAUAGUCACCACAGUACGUUAAAAAAAGAUAGACGUUUUCGUUCUGAAGAAAGAUAUAAAAAAGAUAUAGAAAACCGCCCUAAGUGGGGUGUAAAUAGACCAGCAGCACAAUAUAAAAAACAAAGUGAAAAAGAUCCAUUUUACAGCCAGAAACGUAAAAUGCGACAGAAAUACCGAGCACAAGCCAGACAAUAUUUGUCUCAAUCUAGUGAUGACAGUCGAUCUCCAAGUCCGCCUACACAAUCGGAUAAAACUACAGAAAACAACAAGACUCGUAACUCAUUAAGCCAGUCGUAUUGGAGAAAUAAAAGAUCUAGUCAAGAUAUAAUGAGAUCUGCAAAUAAUGCAACCGAUAAUAGUAGGAGCUUGGCGGCAGAAUUCAAUCAAAUAGGACAGUUAACAGUAAAUGAAGCGGCAGACAACAAAAAGUCCCCAAAAAUGUCUCCUACAAAAAGGAUGACGUUAUCACAAAAGUUUAUUAAUGACAAAUACGGUAACAGAAAACUAUGGACAGAUGAAACAAAUGAAAAACACACAAAAUCAAACAUUUAUGACGGCGAAAAUAGAAAAAAACUCAUCGACCAAUUAAAUAUAGCUAAAAGAGACUACUUAGACAGGAACGAAGACCAAGAUAUCGUGAUUAAAACCAAAUAUUAAAUAUACUUAAGUGCUU